CACUGUUUGUUUGGUGUAUUAAUAUUAAUUGACGAAAAAUUGAAAAGUUAUGUUUUACGAGCAUAUUAUAUUGGCCAAAAAAGGGCCACUAGCCAAAAUUUGGCUAGCCGCGCACUGGGACAAAAAAAUAACAAAGGCACAUGUGUUUGAAACAAAUAUUGAGAAGUCAGUUGAAGGCAUACUACAGCCAAAAGUGAAAUUGGCGCUUCGCACGUCUGGGCAUUUGUUGCUUGGCGUUGUACGAAUUUAUUCUCGCAAAGCCAAAUACCUGCUAGCUGACUGCAAUGAGGCGUUUGUUAAAAUUAAGAUGGCCUUUCGUCCAGGCAUGGUGGAUCUACCAGAGGGACAUCGGGAAGCCAAUGUUAAUGCUAUCACGCUGCCUGAGGUGUUCCAUGAUUUUGAUACAGCGUUGCCCGAGCUGAACGAUAUAGACAUUGAAGCACAGUUUUCAGUGAAUCAAUCGCGUGCGGAUGAAAUAACCAUGCGUGAGGAUUACGGCAGCUUAUCCAUGUCACUGCAGGAUGAUGGCUUUGGGGACAUAGGUUUCGAAGCGGACACGCCCGAAAUGAUGCGUGGCCCCAUGUCAGGCAAUUUGAAUGAUCAGCUCUUUGACGACGAUGCAUUAAACAAUGUGGUCGAAUCCCGAGAUGCAAAUAUAACACUAACAGAAUCGAAUCUAGCUGGUGAACGACUGGACGGCGAUGGCUUUGGUGAUAGCUUUGGACAGCCAGAGCUGUUCGAAGAUGAUCUAUUUGGUGAACCGGCAGCGCAAGUGAGCACGACAAAAGAUGCUAGCGAAGUUAAUGUGCCGCCCGCCUAUUCCGAUGAUGAGGGUCUGGAUCACUUUGACAAUGCGCCGUCACCUGCGUCGUCCUGUGCGAAUUCAGUACAUGACAAGGAUGCCGAUUUCGAAGCCAAAGAUAGCAGCUUUAAUGCGGAUGCCAAUGCGAACGCAGAUGCAGCAUUAAAUGACAUGACCUUGGUACAAAACGACGACGAAGGCUUUGCGCUGGCGCCCAUAGAUGCGACCACAUACAAAGGCGCCACCAAGGCCAAGCGCAAACGUAAACUGAUUAUUGACGAAGUCAAGAAUAUAUCUGGCGAGGAAAUGAAAGCACAACUAGCAGACACUUCGGACAUACUGACUACACUGGAUUUGGCGCCUCCCACAAAGCGUUUAAUGUACUGGAAGGAAACUGGCGGAGUGGAGAAACUAUUCUCGCUACCCUCACGCACCAUUCCAGCUCGAGUGCUGUUGGCCAACUAUAAUCGUCAGCUAAUAUCGCAUUCAACGCCGCUGGAGGACUUUAGCAUCAUAGCGCCCAUUGAGGUAUUGGCCUUGGAGCUGUAUGUGGAGCAGGCAGAAAGUUCAAUUAUCAUAGGCGCCAAGAAGGGACGCAAGCGUAAGAACGACACCACAGCCGUCGUGGCAGCAACAGAUACAACGGCAGACAAUACAUUGGGACAGAGCUUGGCGGCGCCUGAACAGUUGCGUGACCAAGACAAAUCGGCGGCACUAUCUGCAGUCUCACUGAAUCUGGGCAACAAGGAGCAAGACAGCUUGGCAGCGCCGCAGCAUGAAUCGGCGAUAUUUGACAAUAUGCGUAGUCCGGGCCUGUUAUCCUUCAACGACAUGGAGCACUUCUCCAAUUUGAAUGAGCUGCCGUUAACGCCGCGUGAUGCGCAUCAUGAUAUGGGCGAUGAUUUCCAGAAUGGUGACGCGACGCCCGCAGGCUUGGAUCAUGGUGAAAUGACACCGCAUCACGGCUUGGGUGAUAUGGAAUUGCCCAAUCUGCCACCAGAUCAAGUUAGCAGCAUAUUAAAUGAAAGUGCUACAAAGGCGGGGACAGACACAAAUAACUUGUCCACAGAUUGGAAUGAUUAUGACUUUCCGCCCUCGGUUGGUCUGCCGCAUGAUCCUGCAGAUGCACAAAUGGAGAACGAAACCGAUGAACAGUUUGAGGAGCGCGUGCUUAACAAACGUGCCGCCCAAUUGUUCGUCGAUGUUAGGGUGCACUUUAAUAAUCAUGAUCAGCUAACGUUAUCCCAGUUAACAAAUCGUAAUACUCGAAAGCAAGCGGCACAAAAGUUUUAUUCGCUGCUGGUUCUCAAAAAGUUCAAGGCCUUAAAUAUCACACAACCUGCGCCCUAUGCGGAUAUAACGGUUACUCGUGGUCCACUAUUCGACAAUCCCAAAUUGUAAAUUGCUGUAGACAGCUUCAGUUCCCCUUCCCUUCCCCACAAGCCCAUAAAGUUAUUUAUAAUUAUUUUUAGCACAUACACAAUUUUAAUUACAAUUAAGUUUCGUACAGUUUGUAACUGUGCAAGUUUUUACAAUUAUUAGUGAAUGCUGCAUGAUGUAUUUAUAUAUUAGAUUGUUUUAUGUAAAAAAAUCUAGACGAAAGCACCAAUUAAUCAGUUAUAUUUGAGAACAAAUCAGUAACGAUAGCAAUAAUGUAUAUUUAUAAAACAAAACAAAAGAAUCCUAUAAUUGUUGGCUUAAA